AAUGUUUCAUAUAUUCUGAUCUACCACUUUGACAUAAGUAGGCCUACAUUCCUACGGUUGGAUUGGUAUUUUAGAGUAAAGUACAUAUUUAAAAGGAUACGGUUGAUAAUUCAAAACAACGGGCUAUCCAUGCAAUGGGAUAUGUUAUGCUUUAAAACGUUAAACAAUAUUUGAAGUUGCCGAAAAUUUGGAAAAAGGAUCACCUGCUGAAAAGGCUGGGUUACAGAAAGGAGACGAAUUGCUUUCUUUAAACGGACUUGACAUAACGCACGUUCCACACGAACGGGCGAUAGCACUAUUACAAGGAAGCGGCUCCAUGCCAACAUUAGUGAUUCAGACGACUUCGGGUGCAUUGGCCCCACCAGGAACGUCGCUGCAUCAAAUGCCGUGUCACGCUUCUCCUGCAAUUGAUCCUCAAAUUUUUACAACGCUCGAAAACAUGCCUUUAUCAACAAAGCCAACUAUUACAUCACAAGUGACCAAUGAUGAAAGAGAUCAAAACAACAAUAACAAUAGCGAUACCAAGGGAACAUCUCCGAUGAAAGUUACAAAAUUGAACGCAACUUGGACCCAUAAAUAUGUUUCACCUGACUUCAAGAUUCACGGAGAAAAUUUUGAUCAACAUCUCCACAAUCUUCUCAUGCCAAGUGAAAGGAGAAUAGUAAAGAGAGCAAUGGAAACCUAUGAUACCAACAAAAAUAUGGAUAAUCUAUUGCUGUCAAUAAAUUCAGUUUUGGAUAAUCCACAUAAAUGGCCUGUCUGGUAUUUUAUUGUGCAAUCAUUAAAAGGAAAAGACAGAGGCACGUGUCGAAGAAAACUUGCAGAACUGUUACAGAGCCAAACAUCGGAUACUUCACAUAUAUCAAAACAAGAUUUUUCUGGGGGAACUUCGACCAACGAAGGGAUGUCAUGCCAAGAUAAUUCCAAGGAAACAGCAAACACAAGAAGUAAAAUUCGCAGAAGAAGGACUAUGCGUGCUAGUUACAAUCGGGAACAAUGUGAUGAUAUGAAUGAACGUUCUGUCGUGGAUUCAAACAAAAUUGAACCGGCUGCUAGUCCCAGUCCUGAUAGAGACACCUUUCGAGUUCGACGGCCUCGAAGACGUCGCACCGUUUCGGGGAUCGACUUGAGCAAAUCAUACGAGACUACACACAACCCUAGCGACAUCUUGCGGAUUGAAGAACCUGAUGAAAUAGAAACGCACCUACCAGCAGAUGUCGACACAGAACCCGUAUUCUCACAAAAUGAAAAUACAGUUGGAAAUGGGUUUCAUACCACCGGUCGUAGCUUACGUCGCCGACGGCGAGACCCCAUGUUGCGUCGAUUACAAAGUGCGGAAUCGGUGCAUGCACAGGAAAUCAGCAUGGAACGCGAUGCCCUAACAGCUCGAAAUUCUAUGCCUUUCGUUACCACCCCCGAAGAACAACAUACAGGAUCCCUGAGAGCACGUCGAAGACGCUCAUUCCGUCGGUCGUUAGAUGGUACUAACACUCUUUCUACCAAAGAUCCAAUCGGUUGUCACGAACGGGCAGCACUCAUUGUAAGACGUAGAUCGGAACAGGCGUGGACGGAAAAACCACAAGAGACCCAUAUUGAUUCUUACAUCAGACCAGGUGCGACACAGUCGGAGGAAACCACGCGUAGCAGACGAAGAAGAACAGCCGCCAACCAUCAAUAUAGUAACCGAACAGUUGUACCGGAGACGAGCAUAGACGAUUACAUUUUAUCUGAAAACGGAAAUAAUAACAACGCAAAUAGCUUGUAUAUUGACGAGGAUAGUUUGGAGCAAACAACAGACGAACAGGAGCAAGAAGAUUCUGACAUGUCACUAAAAUCACCGCUCUCUAUGAAAGGGCUGCGGGCAAGCUUUCGUAUCAAAAGUAGUAAAAACAAGGACUUGACUGAAUUGAAAGUUGCUGAUACAUCUCAUGGAAGCUCGAAUGAUGAAAAAUCAAAGUCAAAAAAGAGCGGAAAACCUGGGUUGCUGGAAAGAAUGGGAAUGGGCAAAAAACAUCAAAGUAGCUCUGACUCGUCAAAUAAAGACGAAAGUAAAAGUAAAAAACUCUUCGGAAAGAAAUCGAGUAAAAAGGAUAGCAGUUCUGAAGCUAAGUCGUCAAAGUCCUCAAAAUCAACAAAUAACAAUAGUAAAAGUCCCGAACCAGUACCGACAAAAGCUCAUCAGAAAGACAUUUUAAACAUAACACAAACGCCCUCGCCAACUAUAAACGAUUCGUUUUUCAUGGGAAAUGAUUCUCCUGUUCUAGAAAAUGGAUUUUUUGGUCGCAACUCAAAAAAAAGAUUAACAUUUUCAAGACCCCCUAAAAACUCUGACACGGAAGCAUUUUUGACAGAGUUGAGUGCACAAUUUGAUGAUGACUUGAAUAUUUUAGAUGAUCUUGCUAAAGCCUUGCAACAGCAGGCAGAUGCCUCGGCGCAUCCAAAUUUCGGAUCAAAGUGGACUUAUCUCCCCGGCUUGGGAGAAAGAGGAGGUAAAGAAAUUCUUCAAUCGUCAAACACAAAUGACAUGAGUGACUUGAAUCUAAGUGACAUAGAAGACAACAAAAAAGACGAAACGCCUCCAUUUCCACUAAUAUUGGAUAGCGGAGACGAGAGCGGUUUAGGAACAAUGGAUGCUAUCACUCCUCCUCCUCAACCUCACUACGCAUAUCGCGAUCGUGAACUCGAGUGGGAGCGAGAAAGGCAAAACCGCAAAAAGAAGAGAAGACAGGCAUUCGAAAGCCUGACGUCACAAUCCGAUGACAGAGUCAAAACCACGCCAUCGGCUCAGAAUAAUUCUAUCUCUCAGUCACAACCUGCUGUGAAUGUGUAUCAGGACGAUGAAAAAAUAUACGAUAUACCGAAGACCACUACAGCAACCACAACAACUACUAAAACACGAACUAGAGGUAACCGGAGAGCACGAAGGGGAGCAAUGGCUAAUCGAUCCGAAUCGGUUCCUGCAGAGACUUCAUACCCACCCAACACGAGAUUUACAAGACGUCAUGCUGGAAUGGAGCUGGAUAAUGUGCAGACCUCGCAGCGGAACGUCAGUGAGGAAUAUAUUGCAAUGUUGCAAGCAGCAGAACAAAACUCCCAAAAUCAGUUGGACAAGGAAAAAGAUGACGUUUUUGAAAAGCCAAAACGGCGUGCAUUUCGAAACCCAGAUAGUGUAUUUUCUGCAUCUGACGAAUCAGUUCACAGUGAAAAUGACACGGUAGACGCACCUUUUCCUGUCGACAGAAAGGACAGUCAAUCAUCUUCCGACUUUGCAGGCGAAGUUGGACAAAAAACUAGCAAUUCUGCAAAUGGCCCUGGUGACAAUUACGUAUACGUCGAUGACGAAAAUGUCUACGCAGCUCCGCGUUCCGCGAAUUCCACUGCCGUAAGAUUGCGUAAGCGUUCGCAUGAAUACCCACCACAUAGUAUUCUUAACGGUGAUCUAUCAUUUACGGACAUAAACUCCUUAUUACAAGAGAGCGAUGACGAAGACCAACCGCAAGCAACGCUUUUCCCCAACGCAAAUGGUAUCCCGCCUCCUCCACCCCCUCCGCCAGGCGUACCGCCACCUCCUCCCCCACCUCCCAAUCCUUCAAUGGUGGGGUAUCAGCAAGGACCUGCUAGUCCCACUAGAAUGAACGUUAAAAGACUAAACUGGCAAAAAAUUGAACCGCCAGAUCUCAAAGAAACUGUUUGGGGCCAAAUUGGAGAGGAUUAUGACACGAUCAACGAUGUUGUAAAGUACCUUGACUUGGAGCAACAUUUUGCAACUAAAAAAGCGCGAGAAUUAAAACGCUUAUCACUGCCGGUAAAAAGCAGCGCCGUUUCUAUUCUCACACACAAGAAAGCAUACAAUACUUCUAUUCUUUUGGCACAUCUGAGAAUGACUGUGAGCCAGCUACGUGGAGUCCUAUUAUCAAAUAACGACCAACGAAUGGAUACGUCUCAGUACAAGCAAAUGUUAAUGUACGCGCCCGAUGACGACGAGGCCACGAAACUAUUGGUUUAUCAUGGUGACGUCACAAAACUCAAUGAAGCAGAUCAAUUUGCGCGAAAAAUGGUGACAAUUCCAGGAUAUCGACUCCGGCUUCAGGCACUGAUGUAUAAACAAGGUUUUGAAGACAGAGAAAAAGACGUCAGAAUUAAUCUUGAGCACAUCCAGCAAGCGUCAAUAGAACUACGAAAGAGCAAAAAACUUGCGAAAAUACUUGAAUUUGUUUUAGCGAUGGGGAAUUAUAUGAAUCGAGGCCACACUAGAAUCUCAAAAGCAACAGGAUUUAAAAUUCAGUUUCUUGCCGAUAUGGAUUCUACUAAAACGAGCGACAACAAGUUGACAUUUCUUCAUAUUCUUGCCAGAGCAGUGUAUUCGAAAUUUCCUGAACUUUGUAAUUUUUCACAAGAUUUGAAAGAUGUCCGACCAGCAUCAAGAGUUGUUUAUCCAAUAGUGUUCCAAGAAUUACAAGAUAUGAGAAGUGAAUGGGUCGAAAUAAGAGAUAGAAUGCCCGAAGCGCUAACAAAACAAGUUCGAGGAGACAGGUUCAAGCAAGCAAUGGAGAACUUUUUAGUAAUGAGCAAUGGCGCCCUCAAAAGUUUAGAAAUGCUUUUGGCCGCAACAAUGAAAGAGUUCCAUAAAACCGCAAGAUAUUUUGGUGAAAACGCUAAGAAUGUCAGCAUGCAGCAGUUUUUCAGCAUUUUUGGAGAAUUUAUCGCAAAAUUUGAGAAAGCAGACCAUGAAAUAAAGCUCAUCAUGCAGAACAAAUCAACGGAGAUUACCUCGUAACUGAGUUUCCAUGAUGUUGUCGAUUAAAAGUCAUGUUACGGAAUUGUCAAUUAAUUGUAAUUCACAAGUAAUAUUAAUCAAAAAAAUACUCCCAUUUGUUACUUACUUUUCUGUUACAAUUUAAAAAAUCGCAAGUCGUUUGUCAUUCACUACCCGUCCAAUAUUUGAUCCAUUGUAUAGGAGCGUAAAAACUAUUUCGACUUUAUUUUUUAUUUAUUGCUUUCUUCUUUUUGACAUUUACUUUUUACACCCCGUGUCAUAUUUUUCAAUUCAUUUGCUAUUUUCUUUGAAAUGAAACCUCCUACUGAAGAAGAAUUACAAUAUUAAAGUAGAGGAAUUUUCGAAUAAAUUUCAUCCUUAAUCCGUCGAUAAAAAACUUUUUGUCUGAAUUCACUUUAUUUAAAUAAACUUGGAAGAGAUUUUUUACACCAAUGUUUUAUCUUUUUGCAUGUGAACAAUUGUACUCAAAAACGUGAUGUUAUAUACCAGACAUUGUGAUUACUUCGUGGUCAAUUGAGUCAAAUACAAAAAUAUAAUUAUCUCGAUGAGAAUGUCAAAUAAAGUAAACUUUUUGGGAGGUAUGCAUAAACUUCAUGUGUUCCUGGUCGCUUUAGUCAGAGCUGUCUUUCUAGAAAAUGUGACUUUUCUUAUUGAUAGUUGUUUGGGUAACUCGGUGAACUCAGAUAUCUGGCAACGAAUUUUUAUUUUGCAUAUAUGUUGAAAACUUGCAUGUUUAUUGAUUUAUGUUUGUUUAUUAGUCGUCUAUAUAUACCACAAGUAAAUAUUCGGAACUGGGA